UGAAGAUCGAGGUUGGUGGAGUAUACAGUAUAUAUACCGCGUCUGGGCAUCUCCGGGCAUCAGUCUCACUGUUCCCUGGCAACAGAUAACAUGUCUUACAAGGUUUUCGUCGUAGCAGCCCUCGUGGCCGUCAUCUCAGCAGAUAACCGCCCUUCUUACAACCCUCCACCUACACCCUACAACCCUCCAGCUCCCUCUUAUAAUGCUCCAGCUCCUUCCUACAAUGCUCCUGAACCUGUGGGUCCUGCUCAGUACAACUUCAACUGGGCAGUUAAGGACGACUACUCCGGCAACGACUUCGGCCACGAUGAAACUCGUAAUGGUUACGACACUCAGGGAUCUUAUUAUGUUCAGCUUCCCGACGGUCGUCUGCAGAGGGUUACCUACACCGUGAACGGCGACUCUGGCUACUUGGCUCAGGUCGAAUACCAAGGUGAAGCCCAGUACCCAGCCCAACAGCCCGCCCCAAGCUACCAACCCGCCCCCAGUUACCAGCCCGCACCUAGGCCCAGCUACGCUUAAAUUUAAUAACUGAGUAAUAAACGGGUUUUUUUAUAGAAAUGCAUAUAAAUUCUUAAGUCAUUAAAAAAAUAUAUGAAAAUGAGUUAAAA